AUGCAAGCACUUAAGAAAAUUUUUUCUCCUGGACACGAUGUCGAUGACGAACUCAUGUACGGCGAUGGCACCAAGAAAGCAGCCGUUGAGAAACCGAGCACCACUGUCGAUAACGAACCUCACCCGCCCGAGUCUCGCACAGAGGGCGCCGCUACACAGCCUUCAGGUACAGCGACAUCUGAUCUGGAGCCACCAGCUCGACCUCAAGCUCAAGAAGGCAUCAGUACUGCCAGCAUCAAAUCUGGAGUGGUAGGACAUCCGGAGGAGUCAAGAUUGAUGUCGGAGACCACUGAUCAGCCCAGCGGCGCAGCUUUCACACAAGACUCCAGCUCCUAUCCUUCAGGUGCGCAGUCGACAGACUUCACUACCAGAUCCAAUCCUCAAACAGACCCACGCUUGACUCAAUCAAGAGGCGCAGAGCAAGUUUCUGCAGGCAAGACUAGUGCCUUCAGUUCGAACCCAAUUCACAAAAGCGACAAUACUUCCCGUCACGUUGACCGAGAAUCUAAGAAUCCCACUCCACAUCGACAACCAGAGCAGUCCAAAAAUCCAAUUAGAGGAGCUGGCGAUGAAGGUGAAUCCACACGAGCCCUUGGCAGUUACUCCCAACCUGAACGUGAAGGGAACACCUAUGCUUCAGAACGAGGUUUCAUAGGAGCAGGUGGCACGACUACAGGCAGAGGGAACGAACCUGCUUCUAGAGAGAGCGUGCCUGCACAGUAUCCAAAAGCGGACCCCAACAACCCAUAUUCGUCCUCCCGUCUAGAUCCGCGGGUCGAUCCUCACGCAAAACCUUCGACUUCCAUUGUGUCGAGCAACGAUACUAUGAACCGUCCCAGCGAGUAUGGAUCCGGCUCAGAUAAUCAAGGUUUAAGCGGUACCAAAACCACAGCUGAGCCCCUCGACAGAGCCAAAGGUUACUCGCAAAUUCCUCAUGGUCCUAAAGGCACUACUGAGCGCUUUGAUGGUCCCAAGGGGACUUCAGAACCUCUGCAAAGCUCUACAGGCACUUCCGAACCAAAGCAAGAUUUGGAAGGGUCAUCCUGGCCACUCAAAGAACCAGACCAACCUCAUAGCAGGGUUGAGGUUAUGCCAGGUGCUUUUGAUUCCGAAGCCUUUGUUACAGAGAUCAGCCGUGAUCCAGUUCCAGAGGAUAAAACUUCUUAUUACGACUUCGGAAGCUCUAUUGCUGGAGGUGGCACAACAGAGGCUACACAAGGUCCCAAAGGUACUGCCGAGCCUUUGAUAGAGGAAACUAAAUAUCUGUCCGGCACUGGCGGGGUACCAAGUGCGUCUACACCCGGAGUCUCUGGAGGGGAAACCACAACUUUUGAUUCGCCAUCCCAAACUGCCACUGCAUCGUACGGUAUUGCCAGCUCUCCAUUUGCUACCGACCCAAUGGAGUCCAUGCAAGGUCCUAAAGGUACUGCUGAACCAUUGGGCAGCUCCAGAGACUCCUCUUGGCCUCUGAGAGAACAAGGAACAGAUCAAUAUCAAACCUCUGCGGGCGUCCCGCCGGGAACUUCAGGGCUCAGCGGUUACAGUACCGGGAAUAGGAGUGAUCACCCUGCACAAGGGGCUGAAACUUCGUCCUACGGUGUUGGUAGUUCUCAAGGUGUUGGCAGUGUAUCUGAACGCAGCCAGCCUACAAACUCGGGCCUUGACACUUUGGACACCAAUAAUGCUAUUGAUGAGGGUCAUAAGGGCCGGAAUGCAGGCAUCCUUGGUGCCACUGCUGGUGCUCUUGGUCUAGGAGCAUAUGCAGCCAAGAAGCAUGGUGAAGACAUGCCCGAUCGUCCAUCGGCUGGAACUAGGCGAGAGUCGAUCCCUACCACCGCCUAUCCUCCAAGCACUAGUCUAGAUGACAAACAAUACCCUGAGGCACGUGUGGAAGGAUAUGGAGCUACUCCAAGUUGGGGACAAGAUACUAAUGAAGCACCAUACACGGGUGGCGCUUCUCAAGCCUUCACUAGAACUGGCACUGCUACAACACAACCCAUGGUAGGCGCUAUCGGCACGAGUGGUGCUCCAACAGCCAUGUCGAAUUAUGCUGUAGGAAACAAACAGGAAGAAAGUCAUAUGGGAAGAAACGUGGCCCUUGGAGGCGCAGCAGCUGUAGGAGCUAGUGCACUUGGUGCUCAUGAAUAUUCUAGGCGUCAAGCAGAGAAGCCCGCAACAGCAGCAUCUGACUAUAUUCCAAAACAUGAACCAGAACAAGGCCAAUAUGGUACAGACAGGCUUGAAGAGCGCCAAUAUGGCAGAGACGCAGCUGUUGAUGGCAUUGCUGCGCCAAGUAGUACGCACGGUUAUCCGCAACAGCAAUUCGAGAAGCCAUCGGCAGCCUCGUCGGACUACGCUUCAAGAGACAAGCCAGACGAGCGUCACUAUGGUAGAGACGCAGCCAUUAUUGGUGGUGGUGGUGGUGCUCUUGCUGCGGGAGUAGGGGCAGUCAAUGCUCAUGAAUAUUCGCAACACCGAAGCGAGAAGCCAUCAACGGUUGCAUCAGAAUAUACUGCAAGAAACCCCCCGGAAGAGCGCUACCAUGGUGGAGACGCAGUCAUCGGUAGCGCCGCUGCAGCAGGACCUGGGAUAGCUGGUACUCCUGAACAUUCCAGGCAUCAGGCAGAGAAAUCAUCGACUGCCACACCAGGUUCUACUACAGGAGAGAAACCGCAAGAGAGUCAUCUAGGCAGAAAUGCAGCCAUUGGUGGCGUUGCUGCUGCAGGGGCCGGUGCCGUAGGUGCACAUGAAUAUUCUCAACACGAAGCCGAGAUAGAAGCGCAGCAACGAGUCGAGGCUGAGAAAGCUCAUCAAAAGGCAAUGGAGGCAUCCAGGAAAGCGGCAGAGAAAGAGCAAAAAGAUCACGACAAAGCUUUAGCCAAGGAGGAAAAAGAGCAUGAGAAAGCUCUACAGAAAGAGGAGAAAAAGGCUGAAAAAGAGCACGAGAAGGCUGUACAUCGGGAGGAAAAGAAAGCGGAGAAAGAACAUGAGAAGCUGGUGAAGAAAGAGGAGAAGGAGCAUGAAAAAGCUCUCAAAAAGGAGGAGAAGGAACACCAAAAGGAACAUGAGGCUGCCAUCAAGCUGGAGGAGAAGAAACAAAAAGAGCACGAGAAAGAGCUUGCAAGGCAACAGAAGGAAGCCGAAAAGCAGAGAGAUUCUGACGAGAAAGAGAAGAAGCAUGGUGGCUUGCUUGGUCUGUUUCGUCGCCGGAAAGAUUCCAAAGGGAACGAUGUUGAAGAUGAGGACGACCAUACUGCUGUCAAGACUAGCACCAGUGCCACUGACGAGGACAGCCACGAACAUGGGAAGCGCCAUAUAUUUGGGCUGCCGCACCACGAGGUCAAGCACAAGCUACACAAAGAUCCUCCACCUGGCCUGUACAGCGGUGAUUCAACUACUCCUGCUUACGCCGAUUAUGCAGUCAAAGAAAACAAUCAUCCCGGUGCACAGACCGUUACGGGUGGAUACACUGCGCCAGAUCCAGAGCAUGACAGAAACAGAUACUCUGAAACAGCCGGACCAGGUUCUGGUAACGGUGCUUCUGGCACAAAUAUUUGA